AUGGCCCCAACUACGUCCGACCACGACUUCAUCCGCAGCUGCAUCGCCCGCUACUGCAUCGGCGUCGACCUCCGCGACUGGACGACCUUCUCCAGCGCCUUCACCGACACCGCCAAGGUAACCUUCCCCGGUUCCGGCGGCACCAUCGAAGGGAUUGAUGCGCUCAAGAUGGCUGUGCAAGGCAUGGUCGGCAACCUCCAAACGCUGCACGCCCUGAGCACGCAGAUCAUCGAGAUCACAGGCGAGGGCACGGCCGAGGCCACGACGUAUUCCAGGGCCGACAUCUUCGGCGUGGGCGAGGAUAAGGGCAAGCUGGUCACCAACUGGGGAAUCUAUCGCGACAAGCUGGUCAGGGGCAUUUUUGACGGGCGGGAGGAUUGGAGGAUCGCUGAGAGAAACAGCGUUGUAGCGGCGCCUCCUCAUGGGGAUUUGUCCUUGCUUAGGAUGUAG